AUGGGGAUUCAGGAUAAGAUCAACGAGAUAGAAAGUGAGAUGGCAAGGACACAGAAGAACAAGAAGACUGAGCAUCAUCUUGGGAUUCUCAAGGCGAGGCUUGCAAAGUACAGGCAGGAGCUUGAUGCACCAAGGAUGAAACAGAGCAGAGGCGAUGACUUUGAGGUGUGCAAAAGCGGAGAUGCCAGGGUUGCAUUGAUAGGAUUUCCAAGCGUUGGAAAGUCAACACUGCUGUCCAGGAUCACAAGUACGCACAGCAAGGCGGCUGAGCAUGAAUUUACGACGUUAAGCUGCAUUUCUGGCAAGAUGCGGCUGAAUGACGCAUGGAUCCAGGUACUUGAUCUUCCUGGGAUUAUUUCCGGUGCUUCGCAGAACAAGGGGCGAGGAAAGCAGGUGAUUGGGGUUGCAAGAACGGCAGAUAUGAUAUUAAUGGUGCUUGAUCCAAGACGAAGCGACGACAAGAAGAUUCUUGAGCACGAGCUGUAUGAAAUGGGAAUCAGGCUCAACAAAAAAAGACCUGAUAUAUCACUUACGCCUACCUCCAGCAAUGGAAUAAGCAUUGGAAUAACGUGCGAGCUAACAAGAACAACAGAAGAUGUAAUAAAGGGCAUUUUGAGAGAGUACAGGAUCAACAAUUGCCAGAUGCUGAUAAGAGAAGAUGUGUCUGAGGACGAUGUCAUUGAUAUAUUAAGUGGGUCUGUUGUGUACAUAGACUGCCUGUAUGUGUACAACAAGAUAGACGAGCUUUCACUAGCCGACUUCAAUAAGAUUGCCGAGCAGCCAAAUAGCACAGUGAUUAGCUGCCAGAGGGAUUGGAACAUCGACGGCCUUGCUGAAGAUAUUUGGAACAAACUGGAUUUGCUGAGGAUAUACACAAAGAAGAAGGGAAUGUUUCCAUCGAUGGACGAUCCAGUGGUUAUCAAGAGAGGCGGAACUGUUAAGGACCUCUGCAUGCACAUACACAAAGACUUCUUAGAGGGAUUCAGGCAUGCUCUUGUGUGGGGAACAAGUGCAAAGCACAGCCCACAAAGAGUUGGGCUAGGGCAUUUGCUAGAGGACGAAGAUGUUGUUCAGAUAUUUUUGAAAUAG